GUUAAAACAAACUUACUGUAAUGAUAGUCCUUUGUGAAUGACACGUAUGAAAGUUUAAAAAAAGCCCAUUCAUAGCCAUUAGUCGGACUUACUUUUUCCGUAAGGGAUAAGUAGCCUAUAAUUAGACCUAACUCGAGAAGUCUACGAGAAAUCAACUUGUGCGUCCUUUAAAGAGACAGCAUCGCGAGGAGAAAAAAAUAAACAGACGGAUCCUUGUGGCUUUCCUAAACAUUUACGUUACUGAAGAAUCGGAUGGGACAUAGUGUUUACAGUCUACUCAAUAAGAGGAGGAAAGGAUGGGGAAGGGAAUUUGUUCGAGACGACAGAGAAGAAUAUUUCAGUCUUUCCUGCUUCUCAUCUUCGUCUGCGGGACGUUGUGCGCCUUCAUGAUCUCGUAUGAGAUGCAAAAAGAGCUGAAAAAGACUGAGGCGACGGCUUUGAAAUACCAGCAGCAUCAAGAAACACUCACUUCCCACCUUUCAGUGGUAUAUGAGCAUCAUUCUAAGCUAGAGAAAUCCCUCCAGAAAGAAAGACUUGAGCAUAAGAAGGCUGAAGAGGAUUUGCUUGUGUUUAAGCGGGAAUCACAGAAGGCCCUCAACAAAGAAAAGCAAGAAUCAACCUAUCGACUAAAUGCUCUGCAGACAGAGCAUCAAAUACUGAAGUCCCAGCAUGAAGACUUGAAGAUGCAAUAUUAUGAACUGGAAGAGAAGAACCAGAAUCAAGGGCAAGAUCGUGAACAUGUUCUGGAUGAGCACAGGCUGGAAAUAGACAACCUGCAGAGGGAGAAGGAGGUUGAAAUAUCCAGACUGAAAGAGAAUGUGUACAACCUUCGAGAGGAGAACAGACAGCUGCGGAAAGCCCAUCAGAACAUCUACACACAGUUACUUGAUGUGCAGGAACAGCACAAAAACCUGCAAGCUUCAAAAGAUCAUCUUUCACUCACAUUACAAGACCACAAAAAUGCACUUGUUGCAGCCCAGGUGGAAGGAUAUGAGGAAAAUGGAAAAGGGUUAUCCCCUCAAGGUGUGUUGGAGAUUGAAAAUAACAAUGUGACCAAAGUGGCAAUGAAGCAGCCUCAGCAAAUUGAUAUUUUUUCUGAGGGAAAUGGCAAGAAAGAGGAGAGAAGCACAUCAAAGGAUAGAGGAGGAGAGGAUAAGGGGAAAAAGGCAGUGCUGGAACAUUCCUUAUCAAACCCAGUAGAGCUGGGCAUUAACCCUCGCAACACGCUAAGCCAAAGCCUGGAGAAACAGACACGGACAGAGCCACUUCACAGAACCAAAGUACACUUUGAGGCUUUGGAUACAGUUAUCGCUGGGAAUGCUGUGCAAUCACGCUAUAUUAUGGCUGGACGAGAUGAUGUAAAGGAGACUCAAAAGCAAGACAAGGGCAUAGGAGAAAAAAAACUGAACGCUGUGAAUGAGGGCAAUAACCAGAACGAAGAUGAAUUUGAAGAGGCAGAAGAAGAAACAGAGUACAAGACCAAUGAGAAGAAGAUCAGGCCUGAAGAGGAUGAGCAGCUUGUAGUGGCAGGCAAUCCAGAGCAGCAAGAGGACCAGCCAGAUGAGCAAUAUGAGGAUGAUGUAGAGGAUGAGACUCUUGAUGACUCAGUGCAUGACAGACAGAAGAGAGCAGAAGAGGAAGAGAGUGAAGAAGAUCCCUACAGUGAGCGUAAUGGAGAAGAGAUCCAUGAAUGAAAACAUAGAAGCUGAAAAGGAUGCCAAUCAGAUGGAGAGCUUCCAAGAAAAAAUGAUAAAAAGAGCAUGAAGAAGAUCUUCAAUCAAAAGCCUGAGAUGUGAAGGGGACUGAUUCUAGUGUCUGCUGAGUGGCUUUACACAUCUCUUCUAGCAGAAAACUAAAGUGCAACAACUGUGAUCCCUUGUUUUUCCCCCCAAGAAGUGACUACUUAUGCAAGUGCCUUGUACUUCCAAGUACAAGAAUUUGUUUAGCAUUUAUAUUUAAUCAAAGCAUUGUAUCUUCUUGAUCUUACUAAGGCGAUAUGAACUGGCACCCUGCUGAAUGAAAAUAAGUAAAGAAAACUUUUAAUUCUUUAUGUCAGGGAGAUAUAUUCAAAUUAAUCUUCAGUUCUUUCUUUUCACUUAUUGUAAGUAGUAAUGUAGUAAAGGGGAUUGAAGUUACAACAAAGAAGUUGAAGAAGAGAAGAAAAUGUAAAUGUUUUUCAGUUUCAAUAUUUGAGAACUUAAUGCACACCUGGACUUUCCCUGAAAAAUAUAAAAAUAUUAUAUAGUAAAGCUGUACAUGAGCUCUUUUAUUGUAUUGUGUUAUUAUCAUAUUAAACUUGUAGGAACCUUAAAUAAUUUUAACAUACAUAUAAAAUGUACUUAUAAAAUACAUUAUAUUUUGAAAUGUUUA